CGCCUUCUUCUCAUUUCACCUGAAUCUUGGCUAAAGCACCAUAGUGGGCAUGAACCAUCACUAAAGGGAAAGCGAACAGACAGAUAUGGGCUUGUCUACCCUUGUUUCGUCGCACAUUACAGAGAACAUUCCCCACCAGCAUUUUAUUGUUCUACCGCCCGCUUCUUGACCGAUCCGUACUCCUUGUGGGUGUGUCGCAACGUCUGGGUUCAUCAUCAUUAUCAUCGUUGUCAUCGUCAUCAUCGCCUGCAACGGAACAGGCUGCAGUCUGUCUGCGACACCAGGCUCGACAUGCGACCGCCUGACGAUAGUUUUAACUCUCCGAGCCCGGAGGACGCGUCCCCGAGCCGAGCGCGUCGGCGAUUGAUCUUCACCCUGCCUGGGGAAAACGCCGCAGAAACCUGGAGCGAGCCCACGGCGCAGCACGGCCAGCACAGUAGCUACCAGGUGCUCGCCGCUGACGGUGCCAGCAGUGGCAUCCGCAAACGAAGCGGCGACUAUGUGACGUACCUGGCCGAAAUGACGUCGGCGACCGGCGCGAAGCGCCAACGCAUGUCUGAGGACUACGGUCUCCUGCAGGACAAGUGCAUUGUGUGCCGUUUCCUGGACGUCGUCGCGACGUGCUACAACUGGGCUUGCGUCAGUCUUCUAGCGUGGCUCUGCUUCAGGUGGUGCCGGUGAAGC